CGUCCGUCGUCGUCGUCGGUAUCAGUGUUGAUGCAACCGUAGCACGUUCACGACGUCGCGUUUUCGAAUUCCUUCGCAUCGAAGUGUCGCCCCAACAGAACAGUUCUCCGCAUUGCACGCACGCAAUCAAUCCCUAUAGUUACUGCGCUUUCCUGUGCUCGAUGCUCCCAUAUCAAUCGGUCCUGUUGUGUAUUAUUUUGUGCCGUCUUCCCCGCCGCCUUCGUUUUGUUGAGUGUUUUUUGUUCAACCCCGAUAUGCGUAUGGCAUAGUUGGCUGGUAGGCCUUUAUUAUUUGUGCUAAGGUCAACAAAUUGUGCUAUUGCCUCCUCCUGGUGAAGAAUUCGACGAGUGGGCCACUUUCGGGUUUGGUGUGAACUAGUUUGGCCACCCCAUGAUGUGAUUACGUACGCCCAACUGUGUUUGGAACGGGAUACAUAGGUAGAUUCAAAUUGUCGAAAAUGGCGAAGUUUUUCGAAUCGCUGUGAAGCGCACCUGGAGGCAGCAGGAAGAGAUACAUACCUGUGAGAUUGCGGUAUUCCGCAAAGUGAAGAAGGGAUUGGUGGCAGCGUGGGGAGUGUGAGUUCGAGUACUCGGGUUGGGGCGUGGUGGACGUGGAUUAAGGCUAGGUAUCUUGCAAUCCAUUAGGUAUCCACAUUAAGGUGCCCUGGGGGUAGUGCUGUGACGUGAAAGGAGGGGGCCGUGAUUUUCAAUAUGCCACACGGAGCGAAAGGUGUCAGUGAGUGUGUGAUGAGCAGAUCUUGGCCAAAAAACCUUCGAUGAAGAGGAGCAAACAAACGACAGAGCGCCGUAGUAAUGCAUAUUAUUGAAAACUCCAAAAAUACAUCUGUAUAACGAAGAAUUGGUGAGAGCUGAGCUGCCCCAAGCCACAAGAAGUCGCACAACCACUGCUAGCUGGGCUCAUCGAAAGCCCCCCUCGCGGGUCCCGAGAAUCGAACAACUGAUCAGAAUUGACGAAACACCUGCAUUAGUUUGUUGCAAUCGAGGGUCAUCACAUUCCAACAUUUUUUGUCAACCGUGUGUGCAUUAUUGCAGCCCAUUUUUGACCAUUGACCACACCGGUUCCGGAAGUGCAUGGUACUUCCAAAGCCAUUCGAAGCACACACGCACCCGAAAAUAGUAACAACAGUUGAGGCGUACCUGAUAACAAAAGCACAACAAAUCCACCGCUAAGCGAUAUGCGCCAGCAGCAAUGGCCGGACUUAAGCCGAGCAUCUACGCAGUGCUAGUGACGUGUUUGGGAUUCCUGUGUUUGGUCAUCAGUGCGACUGCCGUUGGGGUACCGAUCUGGGCAUAUUACGAUGGCGUGGAGGAACGAGGAUACUUUGGACCGUGGAGAAAGUGUCAGACGCUUAACUAUAGGGAACGAUGCGGAGACGUGGGGAGAUUCCAACCUUCGGGUGUCGUUUUCACCAGCGGCCUUUUUGCGGUGGCAGCUUGCGGCUUGUUCGGGAUUUUCUGCGUCCUCAGCAUUCUGCAAAUAGCGAUGAUCUCGUCACGGGAUCGUAUCUGCAUGAAGUACACAAGCUUGAUAACGCUCAAGCUAGUUCUGGUGGUACUCGCAGCGCUCCUAUCGCUAGCUUCGGCAGUACUAUUUGCGCUACAAACCGAUGAUACCCGGGCAGGAUUCCGCAUAACCCGGGGCAUUUCGUUCUAUCUGCAGAUAGUGGUCGUAGGCCUAGCGUUGGCACUUCUGGCGUUGGCCAUGUACGACAAAAUUUUGACCAAACGAACCGAUGGCGAUCCGACGAUGAUCGUGACGUCAAAUGGAUCGACCACCUACAACAAUCCCGGCUUCCGAGAAACCAAUGGUAUCGCUGUUACCUCGUCCAGUGGCCGCCCAUAUUCCAGCAUCAAUGGCAGUGUGCAAUCGAUGAACACAACCGUUACCACCAUGUCGGCCUCUACGAUCGGAUCGGUCACGCGGACGCCACUCCGAUCGAGCCUAAAGAAACCUCGACCCCAGAACGGGGAUGGCCUGGGCAUUCGAAAUCCGGGUUACUCCGAAAAUGGUGGCACCAUCAAGAAGGUGCGAAUCCAGACGCACAGUACCGAAGUUUGAAGCGGACACAUGUGUCGGUGUUUUUUUUCUUUCUAUGGGAACAACUUAGCAGAAUCACACAAUAUUUCUGUGUUGCGCGAGCUAGCAAGUGUAGAAGAUCUUUUAUCUGAGUAGACGAUCUUAUUUUACGUUGUUAUUUGUUGGCGUGUCGAACAUGUUACAAGUGGCGGUGAGGCGAAGGAGGACAAAAUCAUACUUAAGUUUAUCGGCGCAGAAAUCGGAUAAAGUUUAUAUGGCAGAUCUGAGCUAAGUGUUAUUUAGUCAUAGUCGUUUAGAAGUAUCUGGGUUCUGUUGAAUGAGUAAAACAAAAAGAGCUGUGUUGUGCACUUCAAAAGUACUGAUUGUAAAUAGCACCACGCAAAACGAUUACCGAAAUGAAUUGAAAUUCAAAGACGUACUAUAAAUCUGUAGAGGAUAGUGUUUGUAUCUAGGGAAGUAAUAAUUUGAAACAGUAGAGUUAAAAAGCGAAAAACAUGCCAAUUAAUUUAUGAAGCCGAGAAAUUCGAAUGGAAACCAAGUGCACUUUAAGGUGUGGCCUUAGUGAACGCACACUGCGCAAUAAUGAAACCGUAGGAAGAAAGCUAGGAGAAAAUAUGAAUUAUCUCAUAUUUUAACAAUAUCAUAGAAAGAAAUUUAUGUAUCAAAAAGCAUCAAGGAUUUCCGGUGAGGCCUUUUUUAUUGAAAGUUUGAUAAUCGUUUUCGCUUCAACGUAUUUUUUUGUACAAACGUACUAAACUUUACAAUCAGCAUUCUUACCCCUUAGAUUUGGAUAGGUAUUAUAAUUUUAAGUUGAAUACUUUAGUCUUCCAGAUGCAUGAGGAUCUGAUUCAAUCAUUUGUUUGUGACAGUUUAGUUUUUAUACAUUUACUAUAUACCUAGAGUUUAUUUUACUAGUGCACUUUACUUUCAAAGUGUAGAAUCUCGAAAAUGAAAAACGAUCCGUCCUGAUGAAACGUUGUACUAUUGCAAUAGGAGCAGAAGAAAGGGAAAGAAGAAGUAUUGUAGUUGUCGAUUCGCAUUAAUACAAAACAGUUCUGUGAUUCAUUCAAAAUGAAUUGUGACAAUGUAAAAAAAUAAAAUUUCAUCACUAA